AUGCUUGCUCACCCUCAUUGCGAUCCCGUCGAACUACGCAAGAUCAACGGUGUAGAGUAUGACUCGUAUGCAUCUGCCGCCGAAUUCUGUUUUGCGAACCACCAGCACCCUGAUGAUUACUAUGGCACACCUAAUGCCGAAGACCGUCGACCGGAUCCGGAUGAGUUCGAGGAAGAAUUUCACGAGCCUGACCUUCUGGAGGAGGACUGGCUUGAGCUUGCCCGCCAGCUUCCCGACUGCCCACCAAGCCAAGAGAUGGUAGAUCUCCUGGGUAGACGGGAUAUCGAUAUCCAAUACGAUUGGACACCCCACAAUCCUCUCUAUAUGGAUGUUGAAGACCUGCCUUCAGAGGCCCGCGAUACGCUCAACGCAGAGCAGCGGAUAGUUUACGAUACAAUAGUCGGACACUUCCAAUGCGAGAGCGAGGAGCAGAUUCUACUCCAUGUUGACGGUGGUGGCGGGACGGGCAAGUCCUAUCUGAUCAAAAAGAAGCUACGGGACGUUAGGUAUCUCGUGAUUGAUGAGAAAAGCAUGCUAGGUCUGCGUCAACUUUCGUGGAUCGACAAACGCCUCCGCCAAGUCUUUCCUGCUAGAGCAGCCGAAUUCUUUGGCGGCAUAAGCAUCAUCCUCGUUGGUGACUUCUUCCAGCUCCCGCCGAUUGCGAACAAACCCCUCUACUUUGAUGGACCACUCAAAGACCUGCACGAGGUCUCUGGCCAGAUCGCAUAUAGGGCGUUUAACCACACUGUCUUCUUGCAAAAGGUCCAGCGGCAACAGGGCGACGACCAGCGUGUGCAGGCCAAGCUAGGCCAGCGAGACGUAGAUUCGUUUGAUGCUGCUCUUCGUAUCUAUAGCAAGAAAGCUCGUGUUAGCGAGUACAACUACGAGCAUCUCGUCCGUCUCAAGCGUCCAGCAAUCCAAGUCAUGGCGAAGAACAUUGGUAACGGUGCUGACAAGGCAACGUCGGAACAAGCUGGCAACCUGGCUGGCCAGUUUCCGGGACAGUAUAUGACAUCGGUUGGGCGCCUGGCGCUGAUACGCACCGUAGUGCCCAUACUCCCAGUGAAGCGAGACUUCUUUCUUGGGGCGUCCAGCAUCACAGUUGACAAAAUGGUGACCGAUCUGUCUGAACGUGACUUCCAGACUGGGCUUAGCUACGUUGCAGUCUCCAGGGUCAAGACAUUGGAGGGCCUAAUGAUCGAUACGCCUUUUGAACGGGCAUCUCUCCACUAUGAGAAGCUACCUGAUGGCAAGUAG